AUGUUACAUAAAGGUUACAAGAUCAAAGGUGUAUUUCUUCAUUCUAAUCCUGAGUUAUCGACCCUUUCUGGGCUUCAUACUUCAAAACUGUCCACUGGCUUGAUGGUCAAAAAUAAAGGGUCGUCCAAGUGGCAGAGCGAUUGGGACAAAAUGCACUCCAGUAAACAGACCAGCAGUACUCCUGGUCUUCCUCCUGAUGGAACAACUACCAAAACCAAUGUCAUGUCUAGUACCAGUACUCAGCCGACUUGGACAGAUUGGUUUGAUAGCCGACCUGACGCUGACGGAGAUGCAGAACUAACGGAUACUAUUUUGAAAAAGUACGGGAAAAUCUGUGAGAAAGGUUACGAGAUUAGUGGCACCGAGUGUCUACGGAAUAACGUCCUUUAUUUCAACGACACCUCCCCCCGGGGCUCCGUCCCUGACACUUUGUAUUACUUCUGCAGCAAGAGUGGCGUGUGGUGCAGGAACAGGGACCAGUAUAACAGCAGCACCACAUGUGGAGACUACGCCAUUAGAUACAAGUGUAAAUACUCAGAAUCCGGAACGAACAGUGACUCCGGGAUGUUUCCCCAGUUUGACGUCAGGAUUUACAUCAUACUGGCUGUCGUUCCGAUACUCAUUUUCAUCGCCCGUCUCUUGUGGACCUACGUUUUCAGGAAUCGCAGACGGAGGCUCCGAGAGGAGAGGCGGGCGAGGCGCCGGGCGCAAGGGAGAUAUGACGACGAUGAAAGCUCGGCAGCACCGGGCGCUGCUAAGCCCCCUCCCUCGUACCAGGACAUUUUCGGAGAGCCCGGCCAUUUCAAGACUUCCGUGUUUGCAAUAUCGCGUGAGAACUUGCCGAUUUGUUCCACUUGCCGUGGACUUCCAUGCAGUGUGGCGAGAGUGAUCCAAAGCGGGGGAAUCAGGUCUCAGAAAAACAGUCCGAUAAUUAGAUCUACAACGAUAACCGCAGAUCCUGAGGCCCAUAACACAAGUAGCUCUCCAAAUGAAGACGAUUCAUCCACUUCAAAUGUCUAUGCUAACUGUGAUAACUCUCAGGUCUUAGAGCAUUCUGCAGCAGAGGCUGUGCUAGAAAGCCCAGCUACACAGAACACAGAAGAUUUUGUUGAAAUAGAUCUAACUACACCUUCAUCUUCCAGAGAAGGACCCGCAGCCACCUCCGGAGCGACUCAGCUCGUGCAAGUAGAAAACGAACUAUUACCUCAGGGAUAUCAGGCAGACGGACAAGCCUCGUCUUCGCCCCAACAUAGCACAGAAGCAAAUUCCACUGUAUGUCUGUCUAUCAGCCCAUUGAAAUUACAUGCACCGCCUCUAAGCAUUUCACAGCCGUGUCCUUGUGUGUGUCACAGAACCAUUCCUUUCAGUCACUAUAAAGAAUUAGGAUACGACAAUUCCGCCUUCUCUACGGAAGGGGAUAUUACUCGUCCCUUUCCCGGCAUGCACGUGCCACCAAUCCCAGACAUUCAUAGGACGUGGUCGCACGUGUCAGUCAUUACCCAAUCAGAACUCCCGUCUUAUGAAGCCGCACUAGAGCUCAUGAACAAAGAAACAAAAGAGUCUGAAGAUGGAGGUAGCUGAACAUAAAUAAUCAUUCUAACUAUGUACGAACUUGAUAAUUAGUUAACUGACGUCAUUAACGCCGCAGGAUAUUAGCAAUGACACUGAAGUCAUUGUAUAUUUGUGAGAAGGUCUACGUAGGCGAUUAACUGUUUAAAGAAACAAAACGGUUUUGAAACAUUUGAUUUUUGUAGGCCUAAUUAUAAAAAUGGCCUUCACCUUGCUCUAAAAAAAAAGUCUAAACGUAUUAUUGUGAUCAUAUUGUGAGGUGUUUUGAUAAACAUUCUGUCCCAAGAUCUUUCAAUGCCAACUAAAACUAUUGAAUCGCAACCGAUACAAUGGUUUGCGGACAUCAUCUUUUUUUCCCUCGAGACCUAGAUCUACUUAUUCCUUAUGCUGUAUUAAUAAUUAGAAGUACCAUAAGGGCCAGAAUGAAACCAGUACUUCAAUAAAUAAGAGUUACAGAAGUAGGAGGCCUACACCAAGCAGGCAACAGUUGAACAUCUAGGUCUAAUUUAUUGUAAGUUUUGUCGUCUGCGCCUUCCUUCGGCAAGAGCUUUUAUUUUCAAUUAUUUUGGGACUCCUAUGUGUAUCUUGCAACACAGACCCCCGCAUGAGAUGCAAACUAUGCAGGUAUCAACUGGGUCUGCAUGGUCAUGUGAAACACUUCACUGGUUCUUCGGAAUCGAACUCAAUGCUUUAAAGUAUGCUGUAAAAUGAACCACGUUCAGAUGAUAGCCUACACAGUGUGUCCUUAAUGAGUGUGUGUAGAACACAUUAGCCUACUUUGUCAGGUAGACCGUUUCUUGCACACUACUUAGUGCUACCAACUCUAAAACAAAGCCAAAUAAAUAGGCCUACAAAAAAGUUUAAAAAAAAAACACCUGCAGUUAGUGAAACCAAUGAUAUGAACUCUAAUCAAAGUUGUCCCAGUUAAUAACUUAGAUGCAUAUAUAUAGCGUUGGUAUCCUAAUGAUAUUACAGUUCAUGUGCAUUUAGAUAUACUGCACCAUGCUGGAUUUCUUUUUUUAAACAUAAGACAUACUGCAACAUGGGGAAUUUCUUUUUUAACCUGACACACAUCCAAUUGUUUUAUGUUUCUUUGAGCCAAGCUUGAGACUUAAAUAUAUAACCACUACUUCAUUGUUUACCAGCUGCAGUGACACUGGAAUGGAUUUUUUAAAACAAUUUUACCAAGCCUGUGUUAGUGUGUAGACCUUUAUUAUUUAUAUACAAAUCUAUGAUUGCAUGUUGUUAUUAUAGACAUCUGAGUUUGUGGUGUGACCAGUAAACAAAAUAUUUCUUUUCAACUUUGUUAGCUUCUAUAAUAAAUUUUAAAAAACUUAAUUUCCACAUUUUUUAAAAAUCUCUUCCAAGGUUGCAAGCUUUAAAUAGUUUAAACUAGCUGAGGAUUUGGAAAAAACAAAAUCAAAGUUUUCUUAUCGUAUGAAUAUAGAUUCUAGAUCUAGGAUAGAUCUAUUGUAAGAUUACUACAGUUUAAAGUGUAUAUCCAUUCUAGUUUAUUUUAACUUAAGUUUAACAAGUCUAUCUUAACAAGUAGCACACUCAAAGAGAAUGAAUGUUUUAUAUCUUGUUGAAACAAUGAUACAAGUUUCUUAUUAAAGCUAUUCAUAAUUUAAAAUACAAGUCUUAUGGUGCUUUUAUAGUCUCUUAUAGAAAUAUAGAGAAUGUAUGUUACAUUGUAUAGAGAUAUAGACAAUGUAUGUUAUGAUGAAUAGUGAUGUAGAGUUUCUGUUGCUAUUAUAGCUUUGUUAAUCUUUUUUUUUUUUUUUUGCCCUGAGAUGGCAAAAGUGUGCAAUUGUUUUUCUAUUGGCAAAAAAAAAAAAAAAUUAAAAAAUGUAAACUAUGCUAAAAUAUAUCAGAUGCAUGGCUUGAAUGGGAAUUUAAAGUUGGCCAGUCAGGUGUUGACCAAAACAUUCCAUCAGUUUUCAGGUAACAUGAUUGUGGAUGAAGCUGUAAGGUAUUAUGAUUGUGGAUUGUAAGAAGUGAGCUGCCUGUCUGUAUGGUACAAAAUGUGUCUCUAGAUUCUAAAGAUAUUACUGUUAUGUUGUGACAGAAAACUUGUGAGAACUUUGAUAAAACUCUCAUCUCAUUUUUUGUAUUGUAAAUCUUUCAGUUUUACUGUGAAAAUAUUUCUACAUCCAUUUCUAGUGUUUAUUAUGUAAUAUAUCAAGUAUAUGUCAUAAUAAUCUUGUCUUGCUGGUGUAUACUCUGAACCAAAUGUCUAGACUAUGUCAAAACUUGAAAUCUAUCUGUGAUGUCACAAAUAUAUAUUUUUUUAUACUAAGAAUUCGUCUCUUUGUUUUUACUAAAUAAAGAUUUUUGUUUUCAUCUGA